UACAUCUGCAUUCCAAGUGCUCGAAGUUGUCUCGAUUGAACGGGCGAGGCUGAGUUUGGGUGUGAUCGAAGCCACGCGCGCUGCUCUCCCUGUUCUGUGGGUUUGAGACGAGCCAUCAUGAGCAAUCACCAUCAAGUUAUGAGAGUCCUGGUGAGCGGCGUACUGACAAUGGCACAGACCGUAAAAACGCGGCUUAUGUAUGAAUCUGGGCUAGAGGAGCGAUCUGUGCGUAUUUUGCCUCUAGCUGACGCAGGGUGUGAGGCUAAGUGGGAAAAGGGCGUGUACAUACAAAUGACUUCUGGCGUUCUUGACUUUAUGUAUAUACUUCUUACCCUGUGUUUGCGUUUGUGUGUGUGUGUGUGUGUUUGUGUUGUGUGCUGCCCUCCCUCUCUCCCAAAUGAAGGGUGGAGGAAACAGAGAUCUUCGACUCUCUGGCCACGUCGGGUUUGACAGUUUCCCGGAUCAGCUAGUGACAAAGUGCGUCAACAAAGGCUUCGACUUCAACAUUCUCUGCAUUGGAGAGACCGGUUGUGGCAAGUCGACACUCAUCGAUUCACUCUUCAAGUCUAGUUUCAACGAUACUCCAGUUGUUCACAGACUACCAGAAGUAAAGCUGGAACAAAACACUUACAACCUGCAGGAGAGCAACGUGAACCUGCGGCUGACGGUUGUGAGCACAGCUGGCUUCGGAGACCAGAUCAACAAGGAGAACUCGGCCAAGGCAGUGGUGACCUACCUGGACCAGCAGUUUGAACAGUACCUCACUGAGGAGCUCAAGAUCAGGAGAGAUCUGGUCCACUUCCAUGACACUCGCAUUCACGUCUGUCUCUACUUCAUCGCUCCCACCGGCCACUCGAUAAAGAGUCUUGACCUGGUCUGUAUGAAGGAGCUGGACAAGAAGGUCAAUAUCAUCCCUGUCAUUGCCAAGGCCGACACUAUUGCCCGAUCUGAACUGCCUCAAUUCAAGGCCAGGAUUACAGAGGAGCUGCGAGCCAAUGGAGUCCAGAUUUACCAGUUCCCAACAGACGAUGAGACCGUGGCAGACCUCAACUCAAAGAUGAAUGACCAGGUGCCAUUUGCAGUGGUGGGCAGUACGGAUGAAAUUGUCGUUGGAGGUCACAAAGUCCGUGCUCGUCAGUAUCCUUGGGGGACUGUGGAAGUUGAGAACGAAGCUCAUUGUGAUUUUGUCAAGCUACGAGAGAUGCUGCUGCGGACCAACAUGGAGGACCUUCGUGAGAAGACACACUCUAAGCACUACGAGCUGUACCGCCAGAGCAGGCUCCAGCAGAUGGGGUUCGCAGACAAGACGGCCGACAACAGGCCGGUUUCGCUCCAAGAGACAUAUGAGAUCAAACGACAACAGCACCUCCGCGACAUGCAGACCAAGGAGGAACGAAUGAGGCAGAUGUUUGUGCAGAAGGUGAAAGAGAAGGAGGCGGAGCUGAAGACAGCAGAGCAGAGGCUCCAUGAUGAGUUUGAGAAACUGCGAACCAAGAACCAGGAGGAGAAGAGACUCCAGGACGACAAGAAGAGGCAGCUGGAAGAGGAGAUAAAUCUGUUCAACAAGAAGAAGGCUGCAGUCCAGGCUCAGAGGGCCCAGUCAGAGAGAGACGCCAUGAGCAAGAGGAGGAAGUAACGACUCCACACUAUGUAGACAGAGAGAGAGAAAUUUGAACUGGAAUUUACACCUAGUCUAACCGUUAUUCUACCAUUACACUACUUAUUGUCGUACUAGCAUGGAGAUUGUCCAUCGGCUUAGGUAUUUCUGUAACUCAAAAGUUCUGGCCUAGUUGCAUAGUAGGGUAGCUAGGAGAGAACUGUUUUCCACACAUUAUUGUACGUGUAUCCAAUUUGCCGAAAUCAGUAUUUUUAUACACAAGCUGCUGGAGCUCAGAUGCACACUCCUUUCCUCU